GACUGUCCAUCAGCUGAAGUGGUAUGGGGAGCGGUGUGGGUGUUGAUCGUUCCGCUGUGAUACCGAGGAAGACAGAGCGAGAUAUAUUGGUUGUAGAAAUAUCAAGCGUGGCCAUGAAUGGAAAACUUUAGCUAAGUAACUGUGCGUUCUGAUUUUUCAUCUAAAUGCAACUAAGUGGUCCACCACCCCAGCAAGACUGACUUCUCUGUGGUCAAAGACAUUGUGAAUGAAGACGAAUGGUUCCAAUGCAGAUGCAGAAUAUUCUAGUGAAAACGAGUAAUUCUUCAGUGACCGUGCCUCCUACUGAUGAAAGUAAUGCAGUUGCGGGAUUUGUUCUUGUACCAUUCUUUGUCCUGACAGUAAUUGGAUUUACUGUUGCUAUGGUGAUGUACAUUCAGAAGAGACGCAGAUUGGAUAAACUGCGACACCAAUUACUACCUGUUUAUGCCUAUGACCCUACUGAGGAUUUGCAUGAAGCUGAGGAAGAGCUUCUUAUUGACAGUGAUGAGCCAAAGCUGGUAAAAGGUUGGGGUACAUCACAGCACUAUAAGAGAGCAUUUCUCACAAACAGCAUGAACGCUUGAUCUGUUGGUUACAGUUUCAUACAGACAAUCAAAGGCACCAGGGGAACUGCUGAUCAUUGAGCUUUCACGGAGAAGCUGCUACACAGUCCUGUUUCUAGAAAGCAACGUAUAGAAGCGAAAACCAAUGAAACAUACACAGCACUGGAUUACCUCCUGUACAGAAACAAAAUGUAUAUUGUUUAGCAUGUUUGAUACCAAUGUAGGGGGCUUAGUGUAUUUUUUUUGCCUUUGAGACACAUCUGUGAUAUGCUCAUGAUGCAUAUACAAACCACAGAUUGUGUAGAUCCCUGGAAAGUUUACAACAAAUAAUGCAUCAGUGAGCUAGUAAAAGAGGGUUCUUUUUCACUUAUGAUUUUCAUUUGACAUUGUAAUUUGUGUGCAAUUCCCAUUGGAAUUUAUAGGGAUUUACGAAACAAUGCAAUUAAUACUGGCUACAGGCAAUGUGGGUAAUUUAGGAUGUUGUGAAUGGUUUUGAGAAGCUCACUUUUAUUCGGUACACAGAAAGCAAAACAGAAUAUGUUUUGUGCAAAGCAUACAUUUUUGAGUGCUCAUUUCAAUGCUCAAAAAUCAACAGUCUGCUUAAAGCCAAAUUUGCUGAGAUUUAUAAUACUUACUUUACAUAAUAAACCACCUCAUUCCUGGAGUGAUCAUUGAUUUACUGAGAUCUUGAAUAAAAUAAAACAUCUUGAAUACAACUUCCUUAGUGGAGAUAAACUGUUGGUCAAUUACAGUUAAUUUUUUUUUUAAAUUCAGUAGAUACCAGAAAUUUAAAAUAAGAGUAUGCUAGGACUCCUAAGCAGGACAGGCAACAUCUGUGGAGAGAGAAAAAGCAAACUGACAUUCCAGGUCAACAUUCACCCAUUUUGAAGAUGGUUUUGCUGUCCAUAGAUGCUGCUGUUAAGCAAUUGCAACCCUUUCUGUUUUUAUUGCUGUUGGACUGUUUAUUCCUUUUAGGGACUUGCACUGUCGGGAGGCUGUAACAAACAUUUUUUGUGCUCCCUGGUCUGUUGGACUAAAAAUGUACUGCGUUUGCAGCACUGAUAUAUAAUGAUGGCUUAAGCCCUUUCCAGUCAUAUCUAGUACAUUGAUAACAGUACACUGUCAGCAGAUUAACUUUUUGACAAAACUCUGGUGGGCCAAAGGACCUGUUUCCCUGCUGUAUGAUUUCAUUUAACUGUAUUUGUGCACCUGACAGUUUCAAACAGUUACAGAAUAAUUUCUGUUGACGCCAAAUAAAUGAACAGAAAUAGUGUCUAAAAUAGCUAUUUAAAAAAAAUGCAAUUAACAUAAUAAAUAAUAAACCAGUUGAAAAGCUAUUAAAUGUCAUUUUUUCUAUCACAGGAGAACUUCUUCUGAAUGUGCACAAGUUGCACAGCCAGAAGAGCAAUAACUUUGCAAAUAACUCAAGGUUAAAGAGAACACUUUUCAUUUAUUCCUGUUACAAUGUCUUAGUUUCUCACAGAGCUGAGCAUUUUAUAACCAACUCAGCAAUACUUCUCUGUCCCAUGACAAUCAGCAGAUUAAUAGCCAGAAGCUUCUUAUUAAAAAAAAGUACUACAUCUUUUGGAAGCUCCUAGCAAAGUGUUUGGCUGACCUCCCCAUGUCUUGAUCCUCUAUUGGUUUAUACAUUAUUCUUUUUUGGCAAAGUUCCUUGGUGAGGAAGACACACACCAAUUUUUAUUCAUCUGUGCUUUUCAUGAAAGACAGCAAUCCCUUUAUUCCUUCAAUAUCAAACAUCAUCAUCUCAUCUCACAUUCUACAAAGAAACAUGAUUCUAAGGAUGGCUCAUUUGCUUCCAUUAUUGAUUCUACUUAUGUCACACAAAAAAAAACCAAAAUGUUACCUGUUACGUUCUAUAUUACAAAUGGUGAUAAUGGUGUGGCUUUGGGACAAUAUUAGUAAACAAAAAAUAGAGUGCAGGAGCCUUCUGUCAUUUUUGUGUGCGCGCAUUGCCGUUCCUGAAUGUUACCAGAGCAUAUGUAAAAAUAGUAUUCAAGUAAUAAACAAUUUUUCUAAUUGGAAUU